CAAUAAAAAUUUGGAAAGAAUCUGAAAGUGGUGCCUAGUGUCAGCUUCUUGCUGCUUGAUUUAGAUUCUUCGAAGUUUACUGAAAAACUUAUUAGAAAAAAGUUCAAGUUAACCCAAGUUUACCGCAACAUCUAAAGUGAAAUGUCUGCUGAAUAAAAUAGCCCAAUACCCAAGAGCAACGUUGAAUUUAAGACACAUUACAACCAAUUAAAAUUUCGCUCCAUCGGUUAGCCGUCGAUAUAGUAAAGCAAACGUCACUACAUCACACGUCAGCCGGAAUUCAGAGACUAGCUGCUAUUUCAUACUGAUCUAGUUGGUUUGUUUACUGGAACUGAAUCGUUUUACUGUUUAAAAAUGGUAUUAAUAGCGGCUGCAGUGUGCACCAAAGCGGGCAAAACAAUCGUUUCGCGACAAUUUGUGGAGAUGACAAAGGCUCGUAUUGAGGGUCUGCUGGCAGCGUUUCCAAAGCUAAUGACCUCGGGUAAACAACACACAUUUGUGGAGACAGAUUCGGUUCGAUAUGUCUAUCAGCCAUUAGAGAAGCUUUACAUGUUGCUUAUCACAACUAAAGCUAGUAACAUCUUAGAAGAUUUGGAAACAUUGCGAUUGUUUUCUAAAGUGAUCCCUGAGUACUGUCGCUCAUUGGAAGAGAAAGAGAUCAUAGAGAAUGCAUUUGAUUUGAUUUUCGCUUUCGAUGAAAUAGUCGCAUUGGGUUACCGAGAAAGUGUUAACUUAUCACAGAUUAAAACCUUCGUUGAAAUGGAUUCUCAUGAGGAGAAAGUAUACCAGGCAGUUCGUCAAACACAGGAACGCGAAGCUAAGCAAAAAAUGCGUGAACGAGCAAAGGAACUACAGCGCGCUCGUAUGGAGCAGAAAAAAGGUGGUAUUGGAGGUAGCGGUCGCCCGUAUGCUGCUAUUAGCUCAGAUGGGUUUGGCAAUAGUGGAGGCAUUUCCAAUCACUCUUCUAUUACAACUCCUUCAAUAGGUAUUGGAGAAAUUAAGCCCGCCGCAGCUGCGCCCAAGCCCGCUGCCCCGAAAAAUGCCCUUAAACUAGGUGGCAAAUCCCGUGAUGUUGAUUCGUUUGUUGAUCAGUUAAAAAGUGAGGGCGAGAAAGUGGCAAAUAAUCCAACUCCAGUUGCUCCGUCUGCAGUUGCCAAAGUAAAGCCUGUUUCGGAUGUACCAAUGGAUGACAUCCAUCUUCGUCUGGAGGAUAAAAUUGUUGUUCGGUUGGGUCGGGAUGGUGGAUUACAAACGUUUGAGUUGUCCGGAUUGUUGACACUGCGUAUUUCGGAUGAAAAAUUCGGUAGAAUCAAGGUGCAGUUGGACAACACCGAUCAACGAGGUAUCCAACUUCAAACUCAUCCGAAUGUGGAUAAAGAACUUUUUAAAAGUAAAAAUCAGAUCGGUCUGAAAAACCCGGCCAAACCUUUUCCUAUGAAUACGGAUGUCGGUGUGCUAAAGUGGCGUUUCCAGACACAGGACGAAUCCGCCAUUCCGUUGACAAUUAAUUGCUGGCCUUCAGAAAAUGCGGAAGGUGGUUGUGACGUCAAUAUUGAAUACGAAUUGGAACAUCCACGAUUGGAGCUUCAGGAUGUGUGUAUUACCAUUCCUUUACCCAUGGGCAUCGUACCCGUUAUAUCCGAGUGUGAUGGUGAUUACCAUCAUGAUUCCCGUAAGAACGUUCUUCAGUGGAAUUUAUCGGUUAUUGAUGCUUCCAGUAAACGAGGUUCUAUGGAGUUCACAGUGCCCAAUUCGAUUCCUGGUGACUUUUUCCCGCUUGAUGUCUCAUUCUCAUCGAAAGUUUCCUAUGCCGAAUUGUCACCUGUUAAAGUUCAACUAGUUGAGGACGACACAGACGUCAAAUUUUCAACGGAGACCCUCUUCUACACCGAUAAGUACGAGAUUGUGUAAGUCAGUUACUUGUGUUGCUGUCAUCAUUUCCACUUUCAUCUGCCGUGCGAACAUGGCAGUGUCGUUACUUGAGAAGUUCUUACUGCGAAACUUUUCGUUUUAAACAUCCAAUAUUGCAAAUAUCGAUAGUUUAAUGUUUAUUUACCCGUACAUAUGAGCUUGAUUAUCUAUUCUUCUAAACUAGUUCUGUUUUCAACUGCAUCAUAUUUUAAAUCAAGUAAAACGCUCUUUAGCCAUGUGCGCCUAACAAUUUAAAUAAAAAUAUAUAUUGAAAAUAGCUGAUGUAAGACAAAUCGUAUCAAAUUAUUUUAUUCGCAUGGAUUAACAAUAACAUGUUACGGUACAGUAUAA